AGUUUAUUAUAAACACUUGCGACGAUCAGUCGCUAAUAGAAAAAAUUCUAUUUCGUAUUAUUCCAACAAAAAUAUUCCGUAGUAAUUACAUCAAGGUGAACUACUCUAACACAAUCAGCAAGUCAAAUCUUACGAUUUUGAUAUUGAUAAAAUUUAAGGGAAACAUGCUUGGAAGUCAAAGCUGUGUGUAAACAUUUUUUUGUUUGUAUGGAUUCUAUUCAAUGAACUUAUUGCGUGUAAACAAAAACUUAAGAUAUUCAGAUAUAAGAUAUGAAGGUGUUGUUAGUUCAUUUCCAUUCAUCAUUUUAACGUAACAAAAGUCUAUCGUAAGUUCAUUACAAACGUUUUUAGUAGAAUCGACACAAGUUCUCAAGUUAGACGUCUGACAGUUGAGUUUUCAUUGAAAUGGCGAACGGGUUCAUAAGAAUAGUCAAAAGAAAUAUAAUUUCACAGCUUUUCAUCUUGUCUACGAUUUUAACAUCUGGUUUGGUGAUGAAUGUGAUUCAAUUGUUAUUACACAUCUUGAUAAAACCCUUCAACAAGCGAUUGUUUCAUACUUUAAUGUAUUAUGCUAACUGGACUUGGUUAUCUCAAUGUGUUUUUAUCGCUGAUUAUUGGUCGAACAGCGAACUCAUCAUACAUUGUAAGAAAGAAACGCUUGAUAAGGUCGGAAAAGAACAUCACUUUGGACUUAUGAAUCAUUGUUAUGAGAUUGACUGGCUUAUCGCAUGGCUUUUGUUGGAAAAAUUCGAAUGUCUAGGAAGUGGAAAAGGCUUUGUGAAGAAUGUUAUCAAAUAUAUUCCGAUAUGUGGUUGGUUUUUCUGGUUAUCCGAGCAUAUCUUUCUUCAACGUUCAUUUGUUAAGGACAAGGACAAGAUCGAAGAGCGAAUGAACGACAUUCUUCAAUAUUCUGACAAUUCUUGUACUGUCAUGACAGCUGAAGGAACUCGCUUCACGAAAGAAAAACAUGAAGCAUCUGUUGUGGCACAUGUUUACAUCGAACGAAUACCGAUAAGUGAAGUUGAACCGACUCAAGAUUAUCUGAAUAAAUUGUAUCAGAAAAAAGAUGAGCUUCAAGAAAGCUUUUUUAAAUACGGAAAGUUUUGUGAAGGAAUAAAACAAACACCGAUUGAAGGAAUUCGAAUUAAGCCACGAUUUUAUGUUGCUGUCAACACUUUCCUAUGGUCUGCUUUAAAUUUAUCAUUCAUAAUUUACCAUGUGACAAGAAUGAUUCUUGCUGGUCAAUUUAUUUAUUUGGUUUUAAUCAGCGGAGGGGUCUUUGGAUUAUUUUAUAUGAUGAUGCAAAACAUUAUAAGUCAUUCGAAGGUGAAAAAAGGAUCAAACUAUGGGAAGAAUUGAUAGAAAGUCAAUCAAUUCAAUCAUACCAAAUAUUAUUUAAUUCAUUGUAUCAGAAGUUAUUAUUGAACGCAAAUUGAUAAAUAGAUUCAAAUUGGUUUAAAUGAAGCUCUUAACAUGUUAAACAAAUAUUUGUUAUAAAUAUUGAUACACGGUUUUUGUUCAACUAGACUUAUUAAUUUGUGAAGUGGUUCAAUCAAUGAUACAACAAUAAUGCUUUUUAUUUGGUUUGUUAGAUUCCGAUAAAUCAUCUUGCGAACAAAUUUCCAAUGGAUGCCGUCGAUUCUCUCAAUUACUUUCUGUUUGUUUUCCGACUUUUAUUUCACUAGAUCUUGAAUCACAUGUUUUAUUCCAGCCCUAAUUUAAUUUCACUUCCAGUCUGUUAGAUUUCUCGCGCUCUCAAAUAUUGGUUUUGAUAUUCUGAGUAAAGGUUCGGUUAAGGUAAGAAAACGGAAAUAUUUACGCACACUGACAUCAUCUUUGACUCAUC